CCAUCCAUAUAAGACAUGACCACCCUCUCUUCUCUCCCCCAAACCGCAAAGAAUUUUAUGCCCCCUCAUUCCAAUACAAUGAAAAUGAACACCCCCAACCUAACCGCCCUCUCUCCUUCUUUCUCUUCGUCCUCAUCUUCUAAUGUUUCCACUGGAAACUUUAUUUCACGCAAGCUGUUUUUCCUCCACCAUAUCCAUAUAUUCGAGCUUUUCGUGGCUGUUUUCGUUUUCGUAGCUAUAAACUCCUUGAGGCAAAAGAAACGCCAUGGCUUACCCGUUUGGCCUGUAGUCGGGAUGUUGCCUUCUUUGGUAUCUGCACUUGGAAACAACACGUACGAGUGGAUUUCCGACGUACUUGUUAAGCAAAACGGGACGUUUAUAUUCAGAGGACCUUCGUUUAGCAGCCUUAAUUGCGUCGUCACCGCGGAUCCUCGUAACUUGGAGCAUCUUCUCAAGACCAAGUUCUCGAAUUUCCCAAAAGGGCCGUAUUUCCGAGACACCGUUCGCGAUCUCCUGGGCGAUGGAAUAUUCAGUGCGGACAACGAGACGUGGCAAAGACAACGAAAGACGGCGAGCAUCGAGUUUCAUUCGGCUAAGUUCCGGCAAUUGACAAUCGAGUCGUUGCUGGAGCUUGUUCAUGCUCGGCUCUUACCAGUCUUAGCCGAAUCCCUGAAAUACUCCACACAACUCGACCUUCAAGAUGUGCUCUUGAGGUUAACUUUCGACAACGUUUGCAUGAUCGCAUUCGGAGUCGAUCCAGGUUGCUUGCGCCAGGGUUUACCCCAAAUUCCAUUUGCCAAAGCCUUCGAGUACGCAACAGAAGCAACCGUGCUCCGUUUCGUGACGCCUACGUGUAUAUGGAAGGCAAUGAGAUAUUUGGACAUUGGAUUGGAGAAGAAGCUAAAGAUUUGGAUAAAAGCGGUGGACGAGUUCGCUCAGAAUGUGAUUCAGACUAGGAAGAAAGAACUCGCUUCGAGAUGCGACGACCCCGACGACAACGAGAAGAAUAAGCAAAGAUCGGACCUAUUGACGGUGUUUAUGAGGUUGAAAGAUGAUAAUGGACAGCCAUUUUCAGACAAGUUCUUAAGGGACAUCUGCGUGAACUUUAUAUUGGCUGGGAGGGACACCUCUUCGGUUGCUUUGAGCUGGUUUUUCUGGCUCCUUGAUCGGAAUCCGGAAGUGGAGGAGAAAAUUCUGGGAGAAUUAUGCAGAAUAGUUGGUGAAAGAGAUGUUGAUGAGCUCAAAAAGGAAGAGAGUAGUGAAACCGGAGUGGUUUUUCGGCCGGAGGAGAUCAAGAAGAUGGACUAUCUUCAAGCUGCUAUUUCGGAGGCUCUAAGGCUCUAUCCUUCUGUGCCGGUGGAUCACAAGGAGGUCGUUGAAGAUGACAAGUUUCCAGACGGGACAGUAUUGAAGAAAGGAACGAAAGUGAUAUACGCAAUAUAUGCCAUGGGAAGAAUGGAGGCAAUAUGGGGAAAGGAUUGCAGAGAGUUUAAACCGGAGAGAUGGCUUCGUGAUGGCCGAUUCAUGAGCGAAUCAGCAUACAAGUUUACGGCCUUCAAUGGCGGUCCUCGGCUUUGCUUAGGCAAAGAUUUUGCCUAUUACCAGAUGAAAUUUGUGGCUUCUUCAAUUCUUUAUCGCUACCAUGUGAAGGUGGUGAAGGAUCAUCCUGUGGUUCCAAAGCUGGCUUUAACAAUGUAUAUGAAACACGGCCUGAAGGUCAACCUAUUAAAGCGCCAGGGCUCUGAGCUUCAAAAGUACUUUAAAUCGUUUAAUUAGCUGAAAGUGCUUUUUAUUAUGAACACCUUGCUUAUAUUACCACAUAAUUACGUUUGUUUUCAUUUUUUCCUUUGAAAAAAAAAAAAUAUAUAUAUAUAUAUAUAUAUAUGAUGUAGUGUUUGUGAUGUAAUUUAUAGAUGAAAAUGAUUAAAGAAGAAGUGUAGAGUGAAAAAAGAAAUAGGAAAAGUAAAAAGUUAAUAUGGAGAAGCUGCGAGUGAAUAAUGGAGUGUGAUUGAUUAGAUUGGAUUGUUUAUACGCUAGCAGUGGGGAGUUAUAUAUAUAUAUUUUCUAUGAUUGUGAUUUGGAAAAAUAAUUUCUAUGAUAUGAUGAAUUUGAAUGAAUAAGUAUCGAUAAUUCCAUUACUUGUUCUGCUUAUUUUCAUUGUUA